CAUACCAUAUCAUAAACAGCUACCAUUACUGCCAGCGAGCUAACAUAACAACAUACCCUUCAAAAACAGGAUCUUACAAACGGCCGAGGUAAGGACGCAGCACUUGAACCAACGACUUGCACUGCAUUGAUGGAGGGGCUACUGAGAGGUGUUUGGGAAGCACACUAUGUUUCCCUGUGUCUCCACCUGGCCCUCUUCUGAUCCCCCUGCCGCUCUGGGCCAUGCUCCGCCCAUUCACCCGGUACAGCCACCCAAUCAGCCACUGCCUGACCUGCUGCGGAGCUGUGUUGUGCUCCCUUCCCCAUCCACACGCCUGAGCCCUUGUACCAACGAGAUGGAGUCUAUGAUUGUGGUGACGGAGUAUGAGCCCAGUGAUGGCUCAGGGCAGGAGGGCGGAGAGGAGGAGGAGGUGGAGGACAUGGACAGCUCGGAAACGCCGGAGCCGGCGUUGUCAGGUCCGGUACCGCCCUUCCGUAUGGCCUCCUGUGAUCUUUUAUCCCACUCGGUGGGCCGCCCGGAAGCGCUCUUCCCAGAACCGCAGGAGCACAGAGGUAGACUCAGCCUCUCCAACAGGAAGCUGUCGCUACAGGAACGCUCGCAGACGCUUUCGUCGCCCUGCGGUUCUCCGGGGCUGAACGGACGCUAUAUUUACCCAUCGCUGCCCUACUCGCCAAUCACCUCCCCUCACUCAUCUCCACGCCUCCCUCGAAGACCAACCGUGGAGUCUCAUCGUGUCUCCAUCACAGACCUGCAGGACUGCGUGCAGCUCAACCAGUACAAGCUGAAAGAUGAGAUCGGAAAGGGCUCCUAUGGAGUUGUCAAGCUGGCGUACAAUGAAGACGACAACACAUACUAUGCCAUGAAAGUGCUGUCCAAGAAACGACUGAUGAGGCAGGCUGGGUUCCCGCGCAGACCUCCUCCUCGUGGGGCAAAAUUGGCCCCUGAGGGUCCUCCUCAGCCCAAAGGGCCUCUGGAGCGUGUUUACCAGGAGAUAGCCAUCCUCAAGAAGCUUGAUCAUCCUAAUGUGGUUAAGCUUGUGGAGGUGCUGGAUGAUCCAAGUGAGGACCAUCUGUACAUGGUAUUUGAGCUUGUCAAACGAGGAGCAGUGAUGGAGGUUCCUACUGAUAAGCCCCUGGACGAGGACCAGGCACGCUUCUACUUCCAGGACUUGCUGAGAGGAAUUGAGUAUUUACAUUAUCAGAAAAUCAUUCAUCGGGACGUCAAGCCUUCCAACCUGCUUGUGGGAGAAGAUGGCCAUGUUAAAAUUGCCGACUUUGGGGUCAGUAACCAGUUUGAGGGAGCAGACGCCCUCCUGACCAGCACAGUUGGGACACCAGCAUUUCUCGCCCCAGAGACCCUCUCAGAGACCCGCAAGAACUUCUCUGGAAAGGCUCUGGAUGUGUGGGCGGUGGGAGUCACCUUGUACUGUUUUAUCUUUGGAGUGUGUCCGUUUAUGGAUGAGCGUAUUUUGAGCCUCCAUCAGAAGAUCAAGACCCAACCAGUGGAGCUUCCUGAGAACGCGGACAUAUCAGAUGACUUAAAGGACCUUCUUUUUAAAAUGUUGGACAAGAAUCCUGAAACCAGAAUUACCAUCCCACAAAUCAAGGUGCACCCAUGGGUGACGCGGCACGGCGCUGAGCCCCUCCCCCCUGAGGAUGACAACUGCUGCAGCCUGAUAGAAGUGACAGAGGAGGAGGUGGAAAACUCUGUCAAGCACAUCCCCAGCCUGGCCACUGUGAUCUUGGUUAGGACUAUGCUGCGCAAGCGUUCUUUUGGGAACCCGUUUGAUUGGGGCCGCAGGGAAGACAGGAGUCCUGCCGCACCAGGACACACGCUAUCAAAAGGGAGAGCAGGGAGUUUGAAAUACUGCCGCAAUCUCGGUACCCCCAGGAAACAAGAGAGCGAGGAAGGCAUGCGGAGCAUGGACCUGCCCUUCGUGGGCGAGGAUGAAGUUCUUUCCUGAUAGUUGUGGGUGUCUUGCUCAGGGGAAAUGCGCAAGGAUGGGGCUGCCGUGGCUUCCGGAAGGCCAUGAUAUGGACCUGGGGCUGGGGCAUGGACGGAAAGAUGGAAGAAAGGAAGAAGCUCUUGUUGGGUUGUUUAUGUGGAGGGUGCCCACCCACUCAUGCAUGCAUUUGUACAGUCCACAGCAGCAUGCACUGUAUCUGUCCGCCCAGGUCUCUGCCAUCUCUCAGGACCUGUUUUCUGUGCGCGCGUGUUUUUACUCUCCUCUCCGGCAUGGAGACUGCUUUACUCCCAUACUUCCGCUAGGGGGCGCCACCGCAAAGCAAAACAGAAUUUUUUGGAAAAAAAUGUACAAUUUAUUAGGUUUGUCCAUCACUCAUUAAUUAGAGAGACAUGCUACUUUAUUGCAGUUUUACAGAUCUUAUAGAUUAUUAGAACUGAAUUUGAAAGUAAUAAAAUAAAGACUUUCAUCAGAAAUUAAUUUCUCGAAAGAAAUCUUGAAAAUCAGGUUUGUUUGGUCAAAUAAAGUAAAUAAUGUAUAUAAAUAAAUAUCAAGGCAAAUAAAAUAAUAAAUAGCCUUUGCACAUUUGCGGACAACAACCUUUAACUAGUUUUUAAUUCUUAAUUGGUGAUUUCUUAGGUUUGUCCAUCACUUAUUAAUUAAAGGGUUAGUUCACCCAAAAAU